UGCUGGGGCGACAGCCUGCAAGCUGAGCGGGCACAGGGGCCUCCGCGCCUCCUCUGAGAACCGGCCCCGCCCAGCCCGCGCCCCGGGUGCAGCCGGCAUCCGCGUGGCAGGAGGGCGCGACUUUCUCGGGUCCCGGGCGGGACGCGGACGGCAGCGGGACAAACUCGAAAAACUUCUCUGGGUCUGACCGCUGGGAUCCCGGGCGCCGGCAGAGGAGGAUGUACGAGGGCGGUGGCUGGUCCUGGGUGUUUCCGACCUCCUAAGCCCCGCUCGCCCAGGCCAUGGGGCUCCAGCGCCUUCGGUGCCGCCGGAGGGGCGACGCUCUCGUCUAGCCGAGCUGGGCAGCGCUGUCGCCCACGGUGUGCACCGGGCUGCCAGCGCUCCCCCUGCCCACAUCCCGCCCAGCCAUGGACCACCAGGAGCCCUACUCAGUGCAGGCCACGGCGGCCAUCGCGGCGGCCAUCACCUUCCUCAUCCUCUUCACCAUCUUUGGCAACGCGCUGGUCAUCCUGGCUGUGUUGACCAGCCACUCGCUGCGUGCCCCGCAGAACCUGUUUCUGGUGUCGCUGGCUGCUGCCGACAUCCUGGUGGCCACGCUCAUCAUCCCUUUCUCGCUGGCCAACGAGCUGCUGGGCUACUGGUACUUCCGGCGCACGUGGUGUGAGGUGUACCUGGCGCUCGAUGUGCUCUUCUGCACCUCAUCCAUCGUGCAUCUGUGCGCCAUCAGCCUGGACCGCUACUGGGCGGUGAGCCGCGCGCUGGAGUACAACUCCAAGCGCACCCCGCGGCGCAUCAAGUGCAUCAUCCUCACAGUGUGGCUCAUCGCUGCCAUCAUCUCGCUGCCGCCCCUCAUCUACAAGGGCGACCAGGGCCCCCAGCCGCGCGGGCGCCCCCAGUGCAAGCUCAACCAGGAGGCCUGGUACAUCCUGGCGUCCAGCAUCGGAUCUUUCUUUGCUCCUUGCCUCAUCAUGAUCCUGGUCUACCUGCGCAUCUACCUGAUCGCCAAACGCAGUAACCGCAGAGGUCCCAGGGCCAAGCAGGGGCCUGGGCAGGGUGAGUCCAAGCAGCCCCGACCUGACCGUGGGGGGGCUUUGGCCUCAGCCAAGCUGCCAGCCCUGGCCUCUCUGGCUUCUGCCAGAGAGACCGACGUACAGUCGAAGUCUAAUGGGGAGAAGGAGGAGGGGGAGACCCCUGAAGAUACUGGGAACCAGGCCUUGCCACCUGCCCUUCCCAAAUCAGGCCAGGGCCAGAAGGAAGGUGUCUAUGGGGCAUCUCCAGAGGAUGAAGCUGAAGAAGAGGAAGAGGAAGAGGAGGAGGAGGAGGAAGAGUGUGAACCCCAGGCAGUGUCAGCAUCUCCAGCCUCAGCUUGCAGCCCCCCUCUGCAGCAGCCGCAGGGCUCCCGGGUGCUGGCCACGCUACGUGGCCAGGUGCUCCUGGGCAGGGGUGUGGGUGCUAUGGGUGGGCAGUGGUGGCGUCGACGGGCACAGCUGACCCGGGAGAAGCGCUUCACCUUCGUGCUGGCCGUGGUCAUCGGCGUCUUUGUGCUCUGCUGGUUCCCCUUCUUCUUCAGCUACAGCCUGGGCGCCAUCUGCCCAAAGCACUGCAAAGUGCCCCAUGGCCUCUUCCAGUUCUUCUUCUGGAUUGGCUACUGCAACAGCUCGCUGAACCCUGUUAUCUACACCAUCUUCAACCAGGACUUCCGCCGUGCCUUCCGGAGGAUCCUGUGCCGCCCAUGGACCCAGACGGCCUGGCCGAUGGAGGUGGUUCAAAGCCUCCAGAACAUAGCCAAGAUCAGAAGAGAGAGCACUUCCUUCCCAGAGCCCCAUGCUCUCCAGGCCAAUGUCAGGGCUUCCCGUUCUUGAGGACCCUGUGUUCCUGGUAGGUCACUUGCUUACGGUGUUUUUGUUUUUGUUUUUGAUCUCCUUCUACCCACAAAGAGCACAAAGCCAGCCUUCCACUUUUCCCAGUGGGGCCUGCUGCUGAGGAGGAGGAAGAAACGAAGACUGAUCACCCAUGCUGGGCACUCUUGGUCCCUGGCAGAUGCUGGGAUGGGGGCUUUGGGGUGGCACCAUCUCUGGGCCCUUCUUUCCCCCUUUUGUCUGGUUUUGGAUCUAUGGUUCCUUUAAAGGCCAGAACUGUGGAUCGGUUUCCUCACCCAGCACCCCUCCUGCAGGUGGGUGUGGUCACGUGGAUGCCUCGCUGGGGUGAUCUUAGAGGCUUGGUCUCUGCCUCGACAGGAGAUCCCCGAUCACUGGCAUUCACCCCCUGCAAAAAUCGGGGCGACAAUAGCUUACCGCCUACUUGCUGCAGGGAGAUGAAAGGCUUUGCAGAAAGCUUUGAGCUCCGUGGGGGAACACACUGGAGAACCAAAAAUGUGAUUAUCCGGUGAUAUAAAAAUCCCUUUCUUCUGUGUUUACCACCACCUGUCUUCCUGUAGACUUUUGUUCUGUGCCUGGGGUGUGUGAAUUCCUACCCCAAACUGGAAGCAGGGAGUGGCAGACAGAAUCACUAUUUCAAGUUAAAGGAUCUCUUUGAGAAUGUGUUCUUGUGGCUGCAAAGGUCUGGUUUAUCAUGCUGCAUGACAGCUUCUCAACAUUUCGUGUAUAACACCAAAAGGGAUUUUAGUGGCUUGGGCAUCCCCUGUGGGGGGCAGGUCUUUUGUCAUCAAGAGGGCAAAUUGUUUCUCCAAGACAGCCCAAAACAUCCACACCGUGGGAACAGUCUAAGAUGAGAGCCUCUAACAGGUGGCAGAGCCCCCAGGUGGGGUGCUGGCAUGAAAGCCCAGUGGACCCCUAGGGGAGCCUCCCACUGGAGUGCCCAGCCAGGUCUCCAAGCCCCAAAUGUGUCCUUGUGAAACAUAACUGAUCCCCACAGGUGGGUGCUUGUGGACUGCCUCAGACCCAGCUACACUGCUCCCCCUACGCUGAUCGGACUGUGCAUUCAGGAGCCUCUCCUUUCUGGUUCUUGGUCCCACCCCCAAACCUGGCACCCAGAACAUUGGAAGUGUGGAAAGGAGGUUUCGGGGCCUUCCCUUGGGGAGGGCAUGGCUUCAGCAUUGGACCAACAGGUAUCUUAGCUUGGCGGGUACAGGGGGAAUGGGGUGAGCAGUGCAGACACUGUUGGCACCAGAUGGACCUGUGAGAUUUGGAAGGGCACUGAGGGAGUUUUUGGGAUGUAGAGAGAAUGGAGGGGACCAAAAAGAGUUCCUCCUGGGGAGUGGGAGGCUUCCCAGUCCAGGCCUCAGUGGGUUGUCAUUGUGAGGCUAGAGCAUCGCCCUCGGGUGUGGUGGGGAGCUGGGCCAGGGGAGGGACUGACUGUGACCCUCUGCCGGCCGGUCUUGUGUGCACCCCAUGGGACCCCCAAGUGUUCUUGCCUGUGAUCUCUUAUUGUGAC